GUUGACGCGAAGGGAACGAAGGUGGCGAGAAAAGAAUUGGUCUCGGAGGGAUUUGCAGUAUUGUACUCUGGUAUCAGCAGCGGUAAAUGUCCGUGUUGCUUUUCGGGAAAGACACGUUCUUGCGUCCGUUUUGGAUUAUUCAGUGAGGCGCAACAUUUACUCGUAAAACUCGGACUUGUCAUAACGAGAAAAGCGCGCGGGAUUUUUCAUCAUGAACUCUACGACGUUAUUUCUAUGAAUGACGAAAAAAAAGGUAGCUUUUCCAGCUAUUUAUUUUAAAAAAAGUGACAGAAAUGCCGCGUUUUACUAAGUUACUGUGCGGGAAACAGAGUUCAGGCGGUGUAGGAGUAUAUUUAGAAAAAAAAGUAUAUUUAGGUAUGUUUGUGUCAUCACAUUUUUUCUAAAUUCACCCUCCUCUCUGGAGUUUUCUCGUCAGCAUCACUGGGCCAAGCAGUGACCAUUUAAACAGGGGCUAUCCAUCUUGGAAGACUGAAUGGCUUCUGGAGCCGAUUUCCUCUACCCAGGACGCUAAGAGUCAACAGGCCACGGGGCUGUAGGGGAGGGGAAGAUGUGGGGGAUUAGAGACUAAUCCAGCACUUUAGUCAGAUAAAUGGUUGCAGUCUGUGACCACAAGGAUCUAUGCAGCUGAACCAGGAUUUAUUUUCUGAACGGACAUUUUAUAACCAAAGCCCAAAACAACUGUGAGACUUAAAUUCUCAGACCACAAGUGGAGAUUUCCAGGAACUGGGAUGUAUAAUUUAUACUCAACCAUCAUGGCCGAAAUCUGCUGGAUUUGGACAAACAACAACAAAAUGAGACUGAAGGAGCCUAUUUGCUAAAAGAGGAUCGCAAUAAAUAACAUUUACAGUUUCUUCCACUUCUGUCAUAAAGAGCCAGUGGAGUUUUGAGACAUGUACCAUGUGUGAAUAUUUUUUGUUUGGUAAAAAGGCUCAUAUUUUGAACAAUUUCUCAAUAUUGUUACCAAGGAGAGUGUCCAAAACCAACAAACAAAAGUACGCUCGAAACAACCAUCUGUCAGCAACUGGAGGGUGAACUUUUGGCCUAUAAAAGUCCAAAUGAACUGUUUUUAAAAAAUAUUUUCUAGAAAAUAUUUCGACCAACUUUGUUUAAAACCGAAAGCUUUGUUUUUUGACUGCCACCAUGAAUCUGGGCAAACUAUCAGGGAUUAAAGGCCUGGUGUCCAACUCCCACGGGAAGCGCCGCUUCAGGGGCGAGCUCACGGCGGACAUGAUAAGCCCCCCGCUGGGGGACUUCCGUCACACCAUGCAUGUGGGCCGCGGUGGGGACGUCUUUGGUGAUACCUCCUUCCUCAGCAACCACGGUGGGACAGGAGAUGCUGACAGCACCCCCGAGAAGGGACCAGGGUUCUUCUCCCGGACCCUGCGGCAUGUCCGCAAGGCUCCGCCCCUCUCUGGCGUCGACUCCAGCGAGCUCUCUCCACCCCCACCGGCCAUCUCGCCCAUCAUCAAGAACGCCAUCUCGCUGCCCCGGCUGGAUGUCGACCCUCCCAAUGGCUGCCCGAAGAGGACGCUCUUCCCUAACUCGCCCAGCUGCCCCGAGACCUCCACGUACUCCUAUGGUGUUGAGUCCGGCUUCGCCACCCUUCCACGCCUCUCACGCUCUGAGCGGCAGCUACAGGACGCCUCUGAUUUUGGCUCCGCAGAGCUGCACCACGACUUGCCCCACGAGCAGGACUUCGACUACCUGGUGCGUGCCGACUCCAUGACCUCCUUCACAGUGGACCUCGGGCCCUCUCUCAUGAGCGAGGUGCUCGGCCUGAUCGACGGCUCGGCUAGCUGCCGCGACACCACUCACAUGUGGAACGAGGAGGGCGAGGAAGAAGGCAUGGACACCCGCAGCUCUGCACUGCAUUCGACACCAGCCUCUGCAGCCGCCGUCAAUGGAAAUGUGAACGGCAGGAUGACUUUGGAUCCGUGGGGGGAGCAGGAGAGUGGCGAUGUAUUUAAAACAGCAGUUCCAGAUGCGGCAAAGAGCUCCCCUGCAAGAGUUGAGCCAGGAAUGGAGGCCGAGCGCUUCCAGAGGGCUGCGGACAUGCUUGCGCGCCACUAUGGGGGCGGCGUGCCCCUAAAAGGCGAACGGCACACCAAUGGUCGUGGCCCCCUGCAGCACCUCGGCCCCAUUAACAGCUGCACUCAGAGCACUCAGAGGAGAGCGCCUUGCUCCUACCCUGACGAGGAAGACGAAAUCAAAGUCUAAAUUUAAUAUGAUAGACUUCGGCCUUUUCAAAGUACGUACUCUAACUUUUUUGGCUACAUUGCCCUGUAAGCAUGAACAUGUUUAUGUAAUGCUGUGGCAGCCGUGUCUCCCAGGUGUGCAGCAGUACUUGGCCCUGAGUUCAGGUUGGAGGACUUCAUCCUUAACUCAGUAAAGCACAACUCCAGCGGUUCACUAUUAACACCUUAACUACUGCCAUCUGUUGGAUAGAAACAGUAUGAGUUUGUACUCAUGAAAUAAAUAGGGAUUUGUUGUCGCACACUUUGUAGUACACUUCCAGGUCCUCUUAAUGUUAAUGGCGAAGUUGAAGAAAGGCUCGGAAAGCAGUGGUGAGACUGUAGAAAUGCCCCCCGCAGGGGGUCAGUCAUGCUGGACACUGACUGGACUUCAUUUGUUCCACUCUGCCCAUAAGGACCCAUGUUUUUCACUUUUGCUCUCGUAACCGGAUUGUCGAGGAGCAACACAGCGCCAACGGGUUUUGAGGCUUCCUUUAAGGGCAGCAGAAACGGAGGCUGAGGAAAAGCGUUCGGGGAAGUGCAUGCUGGGCCGAAUGGUGGAGCUGUGGUGGGAACGUACGCAGACACUCUGUGUCUCUAUGGCGACCCAGUGGUCCACAGACGUCCGGGGCCUAAGUGUGGGAGCAUGGUGAGUGUGGGAGGCUGAUCAUACCUUGACCAUGUUCAAACCCAACUGACAUAACCCACAGGGAAAAGGGAGAGAAAGCUCCUUUUAGAGCUCUCUGACAUGAUGGCUUCUCUGUAACAUUGUUACUACUCUUAACAUGUGUAUCGUCAUUAUUCAGGCUCGCUGGAGGUUCUCUAAAGCUCUCAGUUACAAAGUAUUUCCUGAGAUGUUUAUGAAAACUUGUUUUUUAUGAACCCACAAAUGUCAAAUGUGCAAAAAGUGCUCUGGAACCAAAGGGAAAGCACACAAUUCUAAUCCUUGUCUAAAGAAAAAAGGUUUUUGGGGAAAGUGCAAUACUCUCCUGCUUCUUUUACACACACACACACACACACACACACACACACACACACACACACA